AUGUCACGAAAACCAGCUUCCGCCCUCCCAACAAUCAGCACCGAGGACAUGUGCCCGGUCUGCAAAACCAUCCGCUACCUCAACAAAGACAUGGAAUUCCUCAUCAACCCCGAAUGCUACCACUCGAUGUGCUCCAACUGCGUCAACCGCCUCUUCAACGACGGCCCCAACCAGUGCCCGUACGCCGGGUGCCACCGCACCCUCCGCCGACGGGGCUUCCGCAGCGCCUUCUUCGGGGACCUGUCCGUCGAGCGCGAGGUGGACAUCCGGCGGCGCGUCGCCGCAGUCUUCAACCAGGCCGAAGACGACUUCGAAACGCUGCGCGACUUCAACAACUACCUGCAGAUGGUGGAGGACCUGACGUUCGACCUGGUGUCGGGCAGCGACGCGGAGCGGCGCGCCGCCGAGGCCACGCUGCAGCAGUGGGAGGCCGAGCACAAGGCCGACAUUGAGCGCAACCGGCGCGCGGGCAAGGAGGCCGACGAGCAGUCGCGGCGGCGGCUGGCGGCGGAGCGGGAGGCGGCGCGCCAGCGCCGCGUGGAGGCGCUGCGCGAGGCCGAGGAGGAGAAGCUGGAGCGGGUGCGGAAUCGCGAGGCUGAGCUGGAUAGUCUGGCGCAGGGCCAGGCGGGCGAUGUGGGUGGCGGGGGUGCGCAGCGGGUGCAGUUGAAGAGGCGGGGGCAUGCGGCGGCCGCCCGGGCGGUCGAGGCCGCGGUGAAUACGGCUUCUGCUGCGGCGGCGUCGUCGGCGGCGGCGGAUGUGGGGAGGCUAUCGAUCCGCGGGUUGAAGGAGAAGAAGAAGCCGCCUCCGUCGGAGGGGCCGUACGAUCCGUUUGGGGGGAUGGAUUUCGUGCCGAGCAGGUACAAGGUGCAUGAGGGGCUUACGCACCCAGCGAUUGAGAAGUACAAGGGCGACUCAGGGCACGUUACGGGUGGGUAUAACUUUGAGGAGUACACCACAAGGGCUAUGUUUGAAGCAUUUGCCGGGUUGGGGGUGUUCAUCGAGGACGAAAAGGAAGCGGGGAUUGGGCUGUCCGCUGGGGAGGUGGCGGCCAUGAGCGCGGGAAUUGCUGCCGUGGGUGAUAGGAUGGAGGUGGACUAG